AUGAAACUGAUUGAGAAGACGAUGAACAAGCUUAUGACUUCGGAACAAGAACAGGAAGAUGAUAAAGUUGAGAUCUUUGGGACGACAAUCGAAGUAUCUGUGGUUGACCGGAGCAACGUCUCUGCUUCUGCACCGUUGCUAGUGGUUUCCGGCGACUUGAUACCGCCGUUGAACUUCUCGAUGGUCGAUAAUGGUAUAUUCCGGUCUGGAUUUCCUGACACGGCGAACUUCUCUUUCCUCAAGACUCUUGGUCUUCGCUCAAUCAUAUCUCUGUGUCCAGAAUCGUAUCCUGAGAACAACAUGCAGUUCCUCAAAUCCAAUGGAAUUAAGCUUUUCCAGUUUGGCAUUGAUGGCUACAAGUGUCUUCCAGGAUUAGACAACGAGGUUUGGUCGCAUAUUUGGAGUUCUAAGCAUCAGAAAGAGGGUUCCUAUACAAAUGGAAAUUCGAAAACUCCGGAACCAUAUGUAAAUAUCCAGGACCAUAAAAUCCGUGAAGCUCUCAAAGUCCUUCUCGAUGAGAAGAACCAUCCACUUCUGAUUCAUUGCAAACGAGGCAAGCAUAGAACCGGGUGUGUUGUUGGGUGCAUGAGAAAACUCCAGAAAUGGUGCUUGACAUCGAUAUACGAUGAGUACAAGCGAUUUGCUGCAGCUAAAGCUAGAGUUUCAGAUCAAAGGUUCAUGGAGUUAUUCGACACUUCAGAAUUCAACCACAUUCCAAUGUCUUUCUCUUGCUCCAAUAGGUAG